AUGUCGGUGCCACUGGUCUUCAAGGGCCGAGAGGUUGCAAUGACCCAGAACGAGCUUGCCGCCUCCUCGGCUGCAGCCAAAGCAAACGGCGCCGAGGAUGAGGACGAAGACGACCUGAUCCCGAAGAUCGAGUCUGACUUGGUCGAGCCAGCUGGUGCCCUCGAGAAGUCGGCCAGCAGAAAGCGCCAGUCUAGUCAACCCGCCACCAGCAAAGCUAGCAAGAGACGUAAGCUGCUUGAAGGCCAGGAGCCUCUGGCUGGAUCUGCUCAGAGUGUUCGGGCCUCGAUCGAGAACAGAGCCGCGCCUGCCGCGAAGAAAGGACUUCCCCUGGAUCCCCUCGAUACUUCCGACUCUGAGGAGGAGGGAAACGGUCCCGACGAGAAAGGUCCUAGUGAUACUGAGAGAGACGAUGAUUCCCCUCCGCCGGUGCAAGCUCCUAAGAAGCGUGGUCGUCCCAGAAAGUCUUCCAAUGCUGGCUCGGCCAAGUCCAAGAAGUCGGUUGGUAAACCGAUUGCCGUUGGACCAGUGACCAAAGGUAAGUUCAGGAGUGAAUGCACUUGCGCUGUGACGACUCAUGACCGAGGCGUGGCUCGCCCCAAGAAGGCCACCAAGAAAAGCCCUGUCAAAGGCACCUCGAGUUCUCCUACUUAUUCUGAGGAGUUCUACGUCGUUGAGAAGAUCGUUGGCGCACGCGUUGACCCCAAGACCAAGGUGCAGAUGUACAUGGUGAAGUGGAAGGGGUACAGCGCGAACCAGAAUACAUGGGAGCCAAAGGGAAACCUAAGCAAGUGCGCUGCUCUCAUCAAGAGUUUCAAUGCUUCCCAGAAGAAGGAGAGGGGUAAGAAGUGA